ACCAAUGAUAAUUGGAUCCGAACAGCACGGCUCCCAAUAGUGUUCUGCAGCCGUCAGAGGUGUCAUGGCAGCAGCCUUCCGGUGGAGAAGCCUUGCUACGGAAGCUGAGGCAAUGUUGACGAAGGAAUUUGAUUGAAAACCUUCACACCCAUGGCAAAGAAUGGCACAGGCAGUUAUUAAUUAUUAGUUUAUUACCACUUCGUAAUGUAUCUGGUCCUGGUUCAUGACCUUUCCUUUUAGAAAGACAGAGAAUGUGCUAUUAACCUUUACGUAUUCUUCUUCGCAUAUAUUAUUUUGUAAUCUUAAUAUAAAAGAAAAGCAUAUGCUAACCUUAACUACUAUCUAUACCAUUGGAUGGAUUCCAAAACAAAUGUAUAAUUUAAAGAUAAUUCUUGUUUGCAUUGUUUUGUAAGCUAAAAUCUCAUGCAUAAUGUAUGAUUCAUGGAACUAGCAUGAGUCUAAAGAGUCCAUUGAAAAAUUUCACCUUGAUCAGUUAGAAGAAUUGCAGCAAAUUUGUGGAUCAAAUACAAAGCCUGCCAUGGGAAAUGAUCAUAGUAGUUGCAGGGCUCAAGGAGCAGCCCUACAAAAUCGAAUAGAUUGGCUUCAGAGGUUAGUUAAUGAAAGAUCUCAGCAGAUCAAUACCUUGGAGUCCAUGCUGGGAAAUGUUAGGCAACAGUUAGCUCUCUCUGAUGAUAAGGUUCGCCAGUUGGAAGCCGAGUUAAGCAAGACGAAGCUGACCGCUGCAAAUGGAACAAAGAAAGUAGAAGAACUUGAACAAGAAACAAGAAGACUAAGGAGAGAACUUGAGAGUGAAAAGGCGAACGGAAAGCAACUGAGCGAUCAGCUGCUUUCAACUGCUACUUUGUUGUUGGGGCUACAAGUGGAAAUAAGACAACUUUCUAAUGAUGCCGUAACAAGAGAAAAAGAACUACAAGAAGCAACUAUAAAGCUUCAGGAAUUGGACAGAGAAAACUGUUUGCUCGUCGAAACCUUGAGGUCCAAGCUGGAUCAUACUAAACAAAUAUUAGAUGCUUCGAAUAAUAGGGUUCGCCAGUUGGAAACGCAAAUACAUGAAGAGAAACUAACCAUAGAAAAUGGAAUGAAGAAAAUAGAAGAACUUGAAGAUGAAGCAAGAAUAUUAAGGGAAGAGCUUGAGAGCGAAAAGGCAGUGCGAGAAGAAGUAUGGAAUAAAGCUUCUGUUCUUGAGCUUGAGAAAGGUGAGACAAUGAGAGAUCUUGAUUCUGAGAGGCAGAGGUUAAGAGGAGUCAACGAAAGACUUAUGCUUCACGAAACACAACUACAAGCCCUUGAUUCCACUACUGAGUUGAUACAAAUGUUGUUUACUAAUCAAUUAAAGACUAUGCAGAGUACUCUUGAAGAUGAAGAGAACUUUGAGAGUACUUUUGUAGAUAUGGAUGGAGAAAUAUCAUGCAAAGAAAAAGAAGUUGAUAAUGUUGGCGCGGAAGCUAUGGUGGAGGGAAAUGGCAGAGGUACUGAGCAGGGUCUUGAGAUUGAGUGUUGCGCAAGUCAUGACGAAGAGAAUAUUGAUUUGGAGAAAAUAUCUUGUCCGGACUGUGACAAUAGGCAGUUUGAUGAUGAAAUUGAUGUCAAUACACAAGAAACUGAGUAUGCUCAAACACCUGAUCAUGAAGCCUUACCUCACUUGCCAUCUUAUAGCAGCAUCGAAAAAACUGUUGAGGAUAGCCAAUGUGGACGCAAAAUCAGAACGGCUGAUCUUUUAUUUUCUCAAGGUUGUGGCUGCGCAUUGAAUGAUUCGAAUGUUUCGGAGAUUGAGAGUCAGAGAAAUCCUUCUAGUGCUGCUGCCGGCGAAGGCAAUGAACGGCAAGUAUUGUUGCUUCUCAAUUGAGGGAGUAAUUUGGAAUGUCUGCAUAUAUAUGAUGAAAAAACUCGGUAUAAUGUAUUUGAUAUUGUCAUGUAUAUUUUCUGAUUAGUCUCUUGCUAUUCUCACCCUAUGGAAUUUUUUAUGGGUUCUCUGAAAUUGUAUUUUGGGCCUAAAUGUCAGGUCAAAACUCUUUUUUGGGGUGUAUCCAACAUCUUUUCUGGUGAGUUGAAGUUGUUCGAGUUCUUUGUAAGUAAAGAUGCAGGUGGUACUUGUGGAUACUUAAGUUAGUAAGGAUUUUAAGCUGGUUUUAUGUAGAUUAGAGUUCGAAAAAUAUCUGAGGAUAUCAGGGUAUUUAUAAGUGUAGAUAUAGAAUCAAUAAUCAUCUUUAGAGUAAUUUUACUUUUGAUGGUGGGUUUGUGCUUCUUUUUGUUAGGAAGAUUAUUGAUAUCUCCUUUUUAGAUGAGUAAGAGAUAUUGUAAGGGUUAGUUGCCUAUUUAAAUAAAUAGGGUUAUAUGUUCAUGUUGCUAUGUCCGACCUCACAGAAAUCGAGUAGAUAGUAAUGUAAAUUUAAACAUUGAUAUUGUAGAGUAUUGA